CAUUCAUUUCCGUAGAAUUAAUAUACGGAUUCGGUUUUGUUCAUCUCGGUUACCUAAUAUUCUGUUUAUAUUUUACUGGAAUUGAAUUUCCGAUUAAACCAUUUUGAAAGUAGUAUUUUCGAUAAAUUUAACAUUAUAAUCGACAUCGUUCCCAGCGAAUAUCACCAAUCAGAUUGAAUUUCAUGAAUUUAUUCGAUUCAUAAACAAAGACACCAAAGUUCAUUGUUUUUUGUGUGGUUUUUCCUUUCCUUCUUUCAACAUAUCCACGUCUCGCAUAUUAGUGGCUCUCAUUAAUUAUAUAAAUAAAUAAAGUGAUAAAAACGUCGCCACAUUUCAUAAUUAUGUCUGGGCACAAUUUAAGCCACGAUGGAGAAUUGAGAUACAUAAUUCAAUGGUUCAAUGAGUGGAGUGAAUUUCAACGGGAAGAUUUUCUGCCCAUUCUGGCCGACUACUUGGGAAAGGAUAAUUCUGGCACUUAUGUAAAUGGCAUGGUUAGCAGUCUGGCUGGAGCUACAUGCAUCGAUAAACCAAUGAGCCUGUUUCAGUGCAGAGUGAAAUUGUUCAGAGAAUGGUCGUCAAAAUGGCCGGCCGAACUUAAAGAACGUUUGGAGACAAAAGUACUGGAAAUUGAUCCCGAAUUUGGCGAAAAAUUGAAGUCUGAACUAUCGUCAAGCAUUCCGAACGGAAACGGGAUAUUAGAAGAGAGUACCACUGAAAUUUCGGCGCCAAUUAUUCCGAAUGAAGCGAUCGUUGCCUAAAAAUAAAAAAUUUAUUUUAAUGAAAAUUCCAUAAAUUUGAAUUCCAAAUGAAUGAGCAUUUAUUUUUCUUUCGAAUAUAUUAAUUAAUCGUAGUUUUAUACAUACGUAUAAUUAGGGUUGUGGGUUUUUCCAGCACGUACAAUAAAAAAUUUUAAUUUU